CGCCCGCUUCGAAUUAUUCUCGCAAGAUUCCAUCCUACUUGUUGCUCCAAACGUUUUAGAAAUCGUGGAAAUAUGGAUCAAAAUCAUGAAGGGAAGGAGGAAGAUUUUGAACUGAGGGAAGCGUGCGGACUUUUUGGAUGCGUAGCGAGCGGCGAAUGGCCCACCAACUUGGACGUCGCACACAUUAUUUACCUGGGGCUCAUAGCCUUGCAACACAGGGGACAGGAAAGUUGUGGAAUCACCACCAGCAAAGGUGAAAUCAACUGUGUCCUGACUCACAAGGCGGCAGGACUCGUGAGCCAUGCAUUUUCAGAAGAUGAUCUUAAUAAGCUCAAGGGGAACAUGGGCAUUGGCCAUUCCAGAUACUCUACGCGAGGAGGAACAGAACAUCUCAACACUCAACCCUUUGUCGUGCACACCAAGCAUGGCGUACUUGCCGUGGCUCACAAUGGUGAGCUCGUCAAUGCGCCUGAACUACGAAAGGAGAUCAUCGAGAAAGGUGUGGGUUUGUCAACAGAAUCGGACAGCGAACUGAUGGUACAGAUCCUUUGCAUGCCCCCUCCCGAUAGCAGCGAUGAAUCCGAUGGUCCCGACUGGCCCGCGAGGAUAAAAAAUCUCAUGAGGCGAACCAAGACUUCGUACUCUUUAUUGAUCAUGAAUGGUGAUAAGAUCUAUGCUGUGAGGGAUCCGUUUGGAAACAGACCUCUUUGCGUAGGGAAACUAGUUCCACCAAGAGGAUCACUGGUGCCAGAUCAUACCAUUGACGAAUGUGAUGGGUAUGUCAUCUCCUCCGAGUCCUGUGCUUUCCCAUCUGUUGCUGGUCGUUUGCUACGAGAAGUGGAACCCGGAGAAAUAGUGGAAGUAACAAAAAAUGGAGUGCGGUCCAUAUGUAUUAUGCCCCGGCCAGAUGAAUGUAGAGCUCCCGCUUUUUGCAUAUUUGAAUAUGUUUAUUUUGCAAGACCGGAUAGCAUUAUGGAAGGGCAAAUGGUGUACACGGCUCGAAUGGAAUGCGGAAGGCAACUUGCGAGGCAGGCCUCCGUGGAUGUAGAUGUCGUCAGUGCCAUUCCCGAAUCCGCAACUCCGGCCGCUCUUGGAUAUGCAGAACAAUCAAAAAUUCCAUAUGCAGAAGUGUUAUGCAAAAACAGAUAUGUUGGAAGGACUUUCAUUCAACCUAGCACGAGACUGCGGCAGUUGGCAGUGUUGAAAAAAUUUGGACCAUUGAGUUCAAAUUUCAAAGGAAAGAGAAUAGUUUUGAUAGAUGAUUCUAUUGUUCGUGGAACAACCAUAGGGGCAAUAAUCAGGUUACUGAGGGAUGCAGGAGCAUCAGAGGUUCAUAUUCGAAUCGCAUCGCCCCCGUUACAUCAUCCUUGCUACAUGGGCAUCAACAUUCCUACCAGAGAAGAGCUUAUCGCCAAUAAAUUGAAUGCCAGUCAGCUAGCCAAAAAAAUAGGAGCCGACAGCCUGAUCUAUCUGACUGUUGAUAACUUAGUAAAAGCUGUAAAGGAAAAUGCCAAAUCAAAUGGAAAAUCGGUCGGACAUUGCACGGCCUGUUUGACGGGAAACUACCCAGUUAAACUGGAAUGGUAGUUCUUCAGAUUCCAGUGGAUGUGUUAUUUUUUCUACGGGCAUAUGUAAAAAAUAUGAAUGUUUUCAAUUUUACUAGAUAUAUUAAGUCUUCCAAACGUGUAUUAUUUCAC